AGUAAAAUCGCCGGCGAUGUCGAACUCGAGGAGGGUAGAGUCUAAAAAAAUUCGCUGACUGCCUAUUGAUAAAAAAAAAAAUUCAAAUAGGUAUUAAAUUUUCACUUUUAUCCAGUUUAGUUUUCACGCAAUCGUUUCAUAAAUUUCCAGCCCGUAUAUACUAUUGUCGUUAAACGUAAUUAUGGCUACCAUAUUAAAGACCAGCAAACUAAUAUGUUAUACACGUAGGUUCCAACCAUUAUUCAUCUCGUGGGAACGUGUGGUUUAAUAAUUUUCAUAUUAUAUUGUUUUCAGUACCUAAAAACAAAUCGGCGGCCCAGCUGAAUCGUUAUUUUCAGACACUAUAUGUGAGUAUACAUGGUGCGGUUGUGACGGAAAAUUUUUUAUUUCAACAACUUCCUACUUGGUUUUCUGUAGAGAUACAAUGUUCCCCUGCAGAGGUGUUUGAAUGAUACUCUAUACAAAAAAAAUGCCACAGUCUUAAGUCCAGUAGUAAGUCACGUCCGCAGGUAUGCAGCACCUUCAGAGAAGAAAGUAUUUCAGAGGAUUAAACCACAUUGUAACAUUGGAACUAUCGGGCAUGUUGAUCAUGGCAAAACAACACUUACAGCUGCUAUUACUAAAAGUAAUAACAUAACAUUUAUUAUUUAAUUCCUGUGUUCUCAUAUUAAUGACACAACUUAAAUGUUUAUGGCUGCAUUUUUUUUUUUAUCACUAUCGGAAUUAUACCAAAUUAUGAUGUUCACUUGAUUUAUGAAGUCUAGAUUUUAAAUCCACCAACUUAUUUUGUAUACAUUUAACAUUUUUGAGCCUAUAUUGGCAUAUAAUGAUUAUUUCUAGAUUUAAUAGCGAAUUGCAAACAUAAUAUAGGUAGGUAUUAAAAAUUAUCUGCAUUAUUUCUUAGAUGUGGCAGGUUUUUCUUACAAAUAUAUACAGUGAAAUUUUCUCUAACUGACGCCUCCCAAUAAGGGACGUUUUCUCGGAAAUGGGGAUAUUUUCACUAUUUUCUAUGGAAAAACCUUUAAAUAGCGGACACUAUUUUUAUGAUUAUUUAUACCAUUAUUACGAAUAACAGACCCCUAUUAAAGUUAGUUUUAUUAAUAUAUAUUAUAUAUAUUAUUUAAAAUUAUUAUAUUAUUAAAUCUACAUGAUUAGUAUAAUAUACAUAAUUAUAUUUAUAUUUUAUAUUAUAAUUUAAUUUAACUUGGUGCAAGUUUUUUAUUUUACACAUUAUCCUUAAUGAAUUUUAAAAAUGUACACCCUCUGAAUAACAGAUACGACAAAAAUUUGGCGACCAAGGGUAUCCACUGUUCAAAGGUUUCACUGUAGUUGCAAUCAUUACCAGAUAAUUUGGCAUGGCAGUGCAAACUGGUUUAUCAGCAAUUGUCCCAUAGUCUUCUUUGUGACUAUAUUAAUGUAAAGUUGAAGACAAUCUAGCUUUCAUCAAAUUGAAUUGUCUAUACUGAUCUUCUACUAUAAUAUAUCUCUAACAAAAAGGAAAAACUUUAUCAAAUUUCAUUGCCAUUAUAAUAUUUUAUAAAUUUUAUCUCUAAAUAAAUAGCAAUUUCAUAAUCAGAUUCUCAAAGAAAACUAAUAUUAAUAAAAAUGAUAGAACAUAUUAAAUAAAUAUUCUUGGUUUAAAAUAAAAUAUUAAUUCCUUUUUCAAUUUAAAGAAAAUAUAUUAUCUUAUUUACAAUAAUUGUUUUAUAGUUUUGUCAUCCAAAAAAAUGGCUAAGAUGAAACAAUAUACUGAUAUUGAUAACGCUCCAGAAGAAAAAGCCCGUGGUAUCACUAUUAAUGUUGCUCACGUUGAGUAUGAAACCACAGCUAGACAUUACAGUCAUACUGAUUGCCCUGGACAUGCAGAUUAUAUUAAGGUGACUAAAAACUAUAGUAAAAUAUUAAAAUGUAUUUUGUAUCUAUAUGUAUGUAUAUAGAACAUGAUCACUGGAACAAAUCAAAUGGAUGGAGCUAUCUUAGUGGUAGCUGCAACUGAUGGUGCUAUGCCUCAAACUAGAGAACAUUUAAUAUUAGCUAAACAAAUAGGAGUCAAUCAUAUUAUUGUAUUCAUUAACAAAGUAGAUGCUGCUGAUUCGGAAAUGGUAGAAUUAGUAGAAAUGGAAAUUAGAGAAUUACUAAUUGAAAUGGGCUUUGAUGGAGAAAAUAUACCAUUUAUUAAAGGUUCAGCGUUGUGUGCCCUCGAAGGAAGAGAACCUGAAAUUGGUAAUAAAAUUUAAAUAGUUUUUUUACAUUUACUUUGAUAAUAUUUAUUUAAUUUAUUUAUUUUUUUUUAUAGGUGAAAAAUCUAUUGAAGCUUUAUUAAAUGAAGUAGAUAAAUAUGUUCCACAACCUAUUCGUGAUUUGGACAAACCAUUCAUGUUGCCAGUAGAACAUGUUUACUCCAUUCCAGGACGUGGUACAGUAGUGACUGGUAGAUUAGAACGUGGUAUAAUAAAAAAAGGAAAUGAAUGUGAAUUUGUUGGUUAUAACAAAGUUAUAAAAUCCACAAUUACUGGUAAUUAAUACUUGUUUAUUAUUAGGUUUCACAGUUUAAAUUUAAUCUAGUUACGGUUUUAAUAAAAAGUUAGAAGCCGUUUUAAUCAAUAAAAAAAAAUGAAGGUAUCAAGUAUUUAAUAAUUGAAUUGACUGAAUUAAACUGAUUGACUGUAUUUAUAAUGUAAAACAAUCAUAACUAGACAGUCAAUGUUAAAAUUAGAUACCUUUAAACUUAUGUCUAUAACAACCAGAUUUUUCAAUAAUUUCUCAUUUUUGCUUGAAUUCAUAUUCUAUACAUAUUGUUGAUUUUCUACGAACCAACUAUACUAUUUCACUAAUACUAAAAUUAUCAUGAGAUAUGGUAGACCAUAAUUUUAAUAUUUUUUAUUUAGAUUUGAAAAUCUGGUUAUUAUGGUAUUAUUGCCUUUGAUUCAAUUAAUGAGUUCAUAAUAUUAUUUAGCCAAUAUAUAGUAGCUAUUGUUUACAUAAAUACUACAUUAUUCAUUUUUGUAGUUCCAUAAAAUAUAUUGUAUAAUAUACUAUUUAGUAAAGAUAAUGAUAUACAGUGAAACCUCUAAAUAGUUGACACACUCGGUCUCUGAAAUUUUGUCUACUAUUUGGAGGUGUCUGUUAUUCAGAGGGGGUAGAUUUUAAAAUGUUUAAAAGAAAAACACAUGUUUCAGGUUGCAAUAAUGUACUAUGUAUGUGUAAUGUUAUUAAUUAUUGCAAAUUAUUAAAUUUAUACAAAUUAUUUAUGUAAAAAAUAAAUCAGUGAGCUUUGCCUGUUUAUAAUUACACAAUCUCAUUAGUAAUAUCAUUCGCUAAUGUUACAGUAGAAGUGAAAAUAGUACUCUGUCUCUAUUUUUAUUGAUAAAAUAAAAUGACAACGUUCUUUACAGCAGACAGUGUCCUAUAAACUUGUAAUUCAAAAUUUUAAAGUUUCUACUUCUUCAGACUCAUCUACUUUCUCAUUUUUGGGCUCAUUGAUACUCAUUAAAUUGGCGUCAUAAGUAAAAUAAUUUCGUCCAAUUCAAAAUAAAAGUCUGCUUCAACACUCCUGUCGAUCAGUGUAAUAAGAGCUCUAUGUGAGUUCUCUAUCUAUUGCCAAUUGUUCUAUGGUAUCAAUUUUUUAUUCUGGUUGUUCAUUAUAUAGUCUCAGCGACUGAAACGACAUCGCAAGAGGCACUUUUAAAGUUUUAGACUUGACGUGGGCUUGAGUAGAAUACACAAAGUCUAAAACAUUAAUAGCACUAGUCACUAGCAUCUAAAUCAGCAAUAGUUUUUUGUAACAGUUGCUUACGAUAAAGCCUUUUAAAUUGUUGGAUUAUGUCAUGGUCCAGAGGUUAGCAGUGAGACGUCUUAUUCAUUGAAAAAAAGACUAAUUCGACAUUUUUCAGUUUAAAAAUUUAGUGCAUUUGUUGACAAAAAACAGUAUUUUUCUUUGAAUUUUUAUCAUUUGUUUAUAGAACUUUGUAAGCUAGUUUGUCCUAAUUUAUGUCGUCAUCCAGGCCUUUUUAUUCCAAAACCAGUCAACAGGGAAUUUAUUUACAUCUAAUUUUUUGAAAGCUCGCGGUUGUUUUAUCUAUGACAAGAGGAUGUUCAAACUCAUUUAUCAUAUUACAGCAUAAUAUUCAACCGUUCUUUUUUAAAACUUUUCUAUCCCUGCACAUUUCAUUUUUAAAUGCCAUAGUUUUAUUGAGUAGAACUCGAAAAAAAAGCCCGGUCUCAUCGACAUUGAAGAUAUCUUUCUCUUCAUAUUUACCAAUUAUGUUAGUAAAUUCUUCUUCCAGUCACCAACAGCUGUUCUAUCAACGGCUAAUGCUUCCCCAUAAAAAUAUUUAUACAAAAUGUUACCCCUCUUUUGAAAUUGUUCAAGCCACCCAUUUGAAACUUUAAAGUAAUUUAAUCCAUGAACUCAAGCAAUCUGAUUAGCUUUUUUCUGUACCGUUGAUCUAAAAAUUGGCAUUUUUUUCCCCCCGAAUUUUGCUAAAUCAGACCAAAAAUUUGGUAUCAAUCACACUGCCUUUACAUUUUCUUAAUUUUGUUAAUUUACGUUUGUCAUUUUCAUUUUCAAACCAUACUUCUUCUUUAUUAGUGUGAUGACUGGUGGAUAUUUGUUUUGUGUUAAAUAUUCACACUGUUAAAAAUGGUUAUUUUCUUAUUAAUGCCAUAAUUGCGUAAUAGGUACUUUCUGUAUUAAUAAAUUAUAAUCGCACACUGAUUAAUAUCUCGAGAUUUAUAUUAUGUUUUUAUUAUUUUAUUAAUUAUUAUUCCGUCGCUCACCUAACAUGAGGGUGUAUGCUCACGUAUUACAGUAUUAAUUUAUUCUUGUAUAACUGUUUUUAUAUUGUUGUAAAUAAUCUUUUUUUAAGGCGAUUGCCUCUUAAUAAUUGUCUUGGUUAUUAUUGAGACCACUACAAUUAACACGAUAUCCGUGAUCUGUGUUUUUCCAACUUGAAACUUUUCGGCGAAUGCAUGAAUUCCUACAUUUCUGUUAUUUUUAUGGUAAUCUAAAAUGUCAAAUUUUUCACAAAGCGAAAACCGCUUUUGUUUUUACAUCAGGUCAAAAACCAACACUAAUGACAUAUUAUAUUGACUAAUUUUUGUCAUAAAGCUUAUAACCGAAUUCGACAUAAUCUUAUUGUUCCAUAACGAGUUUGUUAUCUUACAUUAUUACGAGAGUACAUUUUGGUAUAGUCAUUUCUUCAUUAUUUUUAUAUAAAAAUUAAAAUAGUGUUUGCUAUUCAGAGAGUCUGCUUUGGAGGUAUUUUCUUUAAAAAGUAUUAAAAAUGGCCUUGUUCCCAAAAAACAGUCUGCUAUUGGUGGGUGUCCGUUUGAGAAAGUUUCACUGUAUAUAUGAAUAAAAAUGAAACUACUAUUAAUAAUUAUUGUUCAUGUUUUUUUAGUUUUUUUUUAAUAUAACAUUUAUUAAUUUUAAUAUUUUCAGGUAUUGAAAUGUUUCACAAAAUUCUUGAAGAGGCUCAAGCUGGAGAUCAACUUGGUGCUUUAAUUAAAGGUACUAAACGUGAUGAUUUAAGGCGUGGUAUGGUGUUAGCCAAACCAGGAACUGUAAAAAUGCAGGACUUUGUCUCCACUCAGUUAUAUGUACUAACUAAAGAUGAAGGUGGAAAUGGCAAACCACUUGUACCUUUUCAGCAAAUGCAAAUGUAUUCAAAGACUUGGGAUUGUGCUUGCCAAUUAAACAUUAUUGGUAAAGAGAUGGUUAUGCCUGGUGAAGAUUGUUCGUAAGUAUUAAAUGGAUAACAAUAUUUAUAUAUAACGUUUUUAAAAAAAAUACAUUUUUACAGUGUUGAAUUGAAGAUGAUUAGGCCGAUGGUGCUGGAACAAGGGCAAAGAUUCACACUGCGUAUUGCUGGUGUCACAAUCGGAACUGGAGUAAUCACUGAAAUUAAGAAAAGAUUGUUGGAAGAUGAAAGAAGAGGACUAUUAGAAGGCAAGAAAUUCCGGGAAAAACAAAGUGCUAAAGCGACUGAGUAAUAGAUAGUAUAUUCCACAAUAACAUUACAUUUCAACUUCAGUAUAUGUAUAAAGUCAUUACUUGCAUUUCUGUAUUCAAUUACAAAUUGCAUUAUUGAUGUUUUUAUAGUUUUAAUAUUUGCAAAUGUAAACACUAUUUUUCAUUUGAAAUUUAUACUUUUGAUGAAUGUAUUACAUUUUAUUAAAUAAUUGAUUUAUGAAAAAAUAUGAUUAUUUUGGUAAUCUAAAAAAUACAGACUUAUAUACUAAUAAAAUUAGUAACACAAACUUAGAUUAGUUAUAUACCUUUAAUUAUAUUGUUAAAAGAAAAAAUAAAUCUUGCGAAAGUAAUAUUUGAUAAAUCUUUUUUUUAUGUUAAUUACUUUUAUUUAAUAUUUAUUUAUUGAUUUUUCUCUUUAUUAUACCAUUAUUACAGCAACAAAUGACUGUAAUAUUCAAAUUAAUAUUAUAAUGUCCGUUAGAUAUGCAAUGAUGACAAUAUUUACCACAC